GUCAGAAGCACGGCACUUGACGGGAUGUCGUAAAACUUUUAAGUGAUAGCAGAAGACAAAUAAAUUGUAAACCAAUCUUGACCUUUCAGUACGAUUUCCCUCUGUGGGUGUAGGCUAACCAUAUAAAGAUGGCUGCAGAACGAACUAGCCAAAUGUGCGAAUGAAUUUCAUCUUACGCCGGAAUAAAAAUGCAUGGCGAGAUUUUACAAUAAUAAAGGUUGGACUACCUCACGGGAACAGGAACAACUUCAUACGCAAUGAAUGCCGAUGAGUUUGAAAGAUAUGGGACAGAGAUGGUGAAAUACAUCGCACAGUAUAUGCGCACGUUACCGGAGCGCCGUGUGAGCUCAGAUGUUGAGCCCGGAUAUAUGCGGGAACUACUUCCGAAGCACGCGCCCGCAAAAGGCGAGAACUUCCGGGAAAUCAUGAAAGAUGUCGAGAAAGUUAUCAUGCCGGGGUUAACACAUUGGCAACACCCUCAAUUUCACGCUUAUUUUCCCGCCGGAAAUUCCUACCCUUCUAUCCUUGGUGACAUGCUUUCCGACGCCAUAGGAUGUGUUGGAUUUUCAUGGGCUGCGAGUCCUGCUUGUACAGAGUUGGAGAUUGUAGUUUUAGAUUGGAUAGGAAAGCUUAUAAAACUGCCGUCAGCAUUUCUUCAUGAAGGAGGUCAGGGCGGAGGUGUUAUACAGGGUUCUGCUAGCGAAUGUGUCUUGGUCACAUUGCUGGCGUCGCGUCACGCCGCGAUAGAAAGGGCGAAAACCUAUCCCUAUAUUGAUGAUGGAUACGUUCUCUCCAAAUUGGUUGCUUAUUCGUCAAAACUGGCACAUUCUUGUGUUGAGAAGGCUGGAAUGAUUGGGUUGGUGAAAAUGAGGCAGCUUGACGUAGAUGACAACUAUGCUCUCCGUGGAUAUACUUUAGAGAGAGCUAUUGAAGAGGACCGCAGGAUGGGACUUAUACCAUUUUAUGUUUGUGCCACUCUCGGUACAACAGGCUGUUGCUCUUAUGACAACAUACAAGAACUUGGAGAGGUAUGCGCCAAGGAACGUGUCUGGCUCCACGUUGAUGCUGCAUAUGCUGGGAAUGCGCUAAUAUGCCCCGAGUACCAGCAUUUACUUAAAGGGGUGGAGAAUGUGUCGUCAAUAAAUUUUAACCCAAACAAAUGGAUGUUGGUGAACUUUGACUGCUCUCUCAUGUGGGUGCGUGAUCGCAAAGCACUCACAAGUGCGUUGACGGUUGAUCCUGUAUACCUGCAGCACGAGCAUGAUGAUAAAGAAUUGGAUUUUAGGCAUUGGGGAAUUCCGUUAAGUCGGAGGUUCCGGGCUUUAAAACUAUGGUUUGUUCUGCGAAUGUACGGCGUUGACGGGCUGCAAAACUACAUAAGAAGGCACGUAAAAUUGGCGAAGUUGUUCGAGGAGUACGUGAGGAAUAACGAUCUAUUUGAGCUGGUUGGCAAGGUGACAACUGGACUUGUUUGCUUCAGGUUAAAGGGACCAAACGCUUUGACACAGAGAUUGCUGAAGAACAUAAAUGAAGGCCGUAGAAUACACAUGGUACCAGCCCUUGUGAAUGAGUAUUACGUCAUCAGAUUUGCUGUUUGUGCCGAAACGGCAGCCGAAGACGAUAUCAAAUACGCAUGGAAAGAGAUUGCAAACGCAGCUGAAGAUCUGAUGUCAUCAAAAAGUGAGCUUGAGAAAACGAAAGUGUUCGAUAAAUUCGAUUUAUGCGAGUUAUCCGAAACAGAAAGCGAAGAUGAAGUGUUCGACCAAGAAUUAUUUGACCCGGAACUGAUCUUCGAUCAACAGCGUUCCACAUUGAAACGCGCGUGCGAAAGGCGGAACUUGUUUCAUAGAAUGGUCUCAGAUCCAAAGGGAUUUAAUCGAACACUUUUGAGAGCCCUCAGCAUUGAUGGUCACAGGAAGAUCAGAAGUGAGUCAGAUCUUGAAGAAGAAAACCCCGAGUUACAAAAGAAUAGCCAAAAGAAAAAAUCCGAGUCAUAAAUAGACAAAAUAUUAAAACAUGUAGCGAUUUGUUUAUAGAACAGAACAUAAUUCUAUUUUGAUCUGUACUGCGUACAUAAUCAUACAAAAUAAUACAAAAUAUUAAUCAAUACAAUAUAUUUUCAACACAAACUUAAAAUACAUAAGUAUUAUAUUUUGAACACAAUGUCAGGUAAGCAUGUAUGUGCCAUUAUUUUAAAAUGUGACUUCAAUUAAAUAAAAAUAGAUAUCUUGUUGUUGAGGAUAAACUUUUUGUCAUAUAAUAAUUAAUUGAUAGAAUAAAAAUAUGGAUUAACAUACCAAACUGUCAUAUGGAACAUCCCAAGAUAACAACAAUAUUAUGUAUGUAAAUUUUCAACACAACUUCUUUUAAAUACAAAUAUAUGUCAAGUUGGCCAAUGAAAUACAUACCCAAGUAUUUUGACUUUUUAUUCUUUUAAAAAGUGCUUACUUGACAAGUAUUUUUGGUAGUAGCUCCUUGUGUGCAAUGUUUUAAGAU